AACUGUCUGACUUCUUCAAAGAGUGGAAAUUGUUUCACUUGUGCUGAGGGACUUCACCUUGAUGGAACACGCAGUUGCGUCUCAGAAGGAACAACGGACAAUUGCGACCAAAUGAGCAAAGCAAACGAUCGAUGUAUCAGGUGCUCACCAGGACAUUAUCUUGAAAAUGGUGUAUGUCCAUCGUGUCAAGACUUCUGCGUUCUCUGUUCUGACUCAAACACGUGUCUCCAAUGCGACUCAAAACACGUCUUUAACGGGACUUAUUGCGAAGAAAUCUCUGACAAAUUCCACUGCAAAAACUACUUGCAAGGGACGUCCACGUGUGUUGUGUGUGAAGAUGGCUAUUUCAGAAAUCCAAAAACAUCUCUGUGUGAGUCUUGUGUUGAUGGGUGUAAUAAAUGCACCAACGACGCGAUGUGUUUGCUCUGCAAUGUAGACUACUUUUUACUCAGCGACCACACCCAAUGCAUUCCAUACAAAAACUUGACAAAUUGCAACGUGACAAGUUCAUCUGGGUGUGUGACGUGUUCAAUUGGUUAUUAUUAUGAUAACCAGUAUUGCUCGUCGUGUUCCUCUGCAAUUCCCAAUUGCAACAAAUGUUACUCCAACACGGACUGCAUGUCAUGUGAAGAUAAUUUCAUUUUAAUAAACAAAAAUUGUUCUGCAAAAAGUGAAGUUGCGAACUGUGUGGAAGUGACCAACUCAAAGUGUUCAAAGUGUUCUUUCUGGCACACCACAAACUCAGACAACACUUCAUGCAUCACACAAGCCGUGUGGUGGGUGAUACUUCUCAUUGUCAUCGUAGUUGUUGUUAUCAUCAUACUCGUCAUAGUCGCCGUCAUAGUUUUGGUCAUCAAAUACCUCAACCACCAGAAGAUCGAAAAGACGCGUGAGAAGUUCUGUCUCUUUGAAAUGGCACUUUCAAAUGUCCAAUUCAUUUCAACAUCAAAUUCCGACGUCGUCUUGAACAAAACAGAAAUUCUGUUUGAAGGAGACAACGCGGAGAAUCAGAUUCCUGUUGCAACUGAAAGCCGCGAGUUGAUUUGUGUUGGAAACGCCGGCAAAAACUCAAUCAAAGUGCAAUUCACACUGAAAGGCUCUUCGGACAAGUACGAAAUAAAAACAGAGCCAAAAAUCAUGACGAUUCCAAGAGGAAAAGCAAUUGAAUUUGAAGUCUUGUUGUCACCACUUUGUUCGUGCAAAAUAGACGACAAGAUGGUGCUCUCGUCUGUCAACAUGGCAAAAGGACAAACAUCUGAAGUGUUGAUUCCACUCAUGGGAAUGACGGUGAUGUCAACGCGUUUGGACCCAGACGAGUUGAUUGAAGAGAAACAACUUGGUGAAGGCUCGUUUGGUGUUGUGUUACUUGGGAAAUACAGAGGCAACAAAGUUGCUAUCAAGAAGAUGAAAAACAUGAACAACAACACUUCGAUGGAGGAAUUUAAGAAGGAAGUUUCGAUGUUGGACAAGUUCAGAAGUGACUAUGUUGUCCACUUCUAUGGCGCCGUGUUUAUACCAAACAAGAUAUGUAUGGUCACCGAAUUUGCACAAUAUGGAAGUUUAAAAGACUUGAUGAAACAUAAAAAGGCGGAAGAAGUUGUUUUAAGUGUACGUGUUAAAAUCAUAUACGACGCAGCUAAGGGGUUGGAGUAUUUACACAGCAAUGGCAUUUUACACAGAGACAUCAAGCCUGACAACUUCUUGGUGUUUUCAAUUAAUCUGAAAGACAAUGUGAGUGCUAAACUGACUGAUUUUGGGUCAUCGCGAAAUUACAAUGCUAUGAUGACUAACAUGACUUUCACGAAGGGUAUUGGUACACCAAAAUUCAUGGCACCCGAAGUGUUGGAGAAAAGUCCAUACAAGAAGGCAGCCGAUGUCUAUUCAUUUGCAAUCACAAUGUACGAGUGCUUUGGAUGGGAAGAGGCAUACAAGAAAGAAGACUUCAAGUUUGUAUGGUCAAUUGCAGAUUUCGUGUCUGGCGGAAAACGACUGCAAAACAUCGCAAAUAUCCCCCCAAAUCUCUUCGACAUAAUCGAAUGUUGCUGGGCGCAGGAGCCCCAGGAAAGACCGCCUAUUGAAACAACGGUAAUAAAUAUUCGACAAUACUUGGACUCAUUUUAA